AUGAGGACCUCCACGCUCGUCACACUCCUUCCCUUCCUCGCUGGCGCGAUCGCCACCCCCUUCCAGUUCCCCACCGACCCUACCCAGCUGGCCGCGCAAGCGGUCCACUCGGUCCAGGACUGGUUCUCUGGCGCCGUCUCUCAGGCGAGCACCAAGUUUGAGCAAUGGGAGAAGGAGAGUUCAGUCGUCAAGGCCGAGAAUGUAGUGACCAACGGUAUUGAAUACCUCUCCCUCACCCAUCCCGAGUUCCCGCUACACCGACUCCGAGUGGUCUCACCCAAGAUCUGUGACUCGUCCGUGAAGCAGUACUCGGGCUACCUCGAUAUUAGCGAGACCAAGCACCUCUUCUUCUGGUUCGAGGAGUCUCGGUCCAAGCCGAAGGACGACCCCUUGGUAUUGUGGCUCAACGGCGGACCUGGAUGCUCAUCCACCACCGGGCUGCUGUUCGAGCUCGGCGGCUGCACCAUCGAAAACGAAGGCCAGAAUGUCACCCGCAACAAGCACUCUUGGAACAACGUCGCCAACGUGCUCUUCCUGGACCAGCCCGUCGGCGUCGGAUUCAGCUACAGCGACUCGGGAGAGGUCAACAACAGUCCUGCAGCGGCUGAGGAUGUCUACGCUUUCCUCAUUCUGUUCAUCUCGCAGUUCGACAAGUACGCCAAGCAGCCCUUCCACAUCGCUGGCGAGUCGUACGCUGGAACCUACCUUCCACACAUCGCCAACGUCAUCCACUCGCACAACUCGGCCCUCCAGCUUGCGCCUACGCCCAAGGUCCCGGUGCUCAACUUUAAGUCGGUCAUGAUCGGAAAUGGUCUCACCAACGCAUACGAGCAGUUCGGCGCCGUCGCAGACUGGGCUUGUGAUGGUCCAUACGCCGUCUAUGCUCCCGACGCUAGCGAGUGUGUAGCCCUCCGCGGGAAACAGCCUCGGUGCCAGAGCUUGAUCUCUAGCUGCCAGAAGACCGGCUCCCGAUUCUCCUGCGUCCCUGCCGCACUCUACUGCUGGAGCUUGUUCAACAGCCUCCAAGAGCUCGGCUUGAACAUGUACGACGUGCGUAGGAAGUGCGACAAGAGCAAGGACAAGGAUGGACCUCUGUGCUACAGGGAGAUGGGCUGGAUGGAGACCUACCUCAACAAGCCCGAGGUGAAGAAGGAACUCGGUGCCCCUGCCGAUAUCAACUUUGAGUCUUGCAACAUGAAGAUCAACCAGAACUUCUUGCUCCAGGGUGAUGGAGUCAAGGACACCGCUUCGCUUCUCCCUGCGCUGAUCGAGGAUGGGAUUCGGGUACUGCUAUAUUCUGGCGAGGCGGACAUGCUCGUCAACUUUAUCGGCUGCUCCCGCGUCCUCGAUACACUCGUGACCUCGUACCAAAACGCAUACCUCGCCGCGCCUACGCACAACUUUACCGCCUCGGACGGCAAGGUCUCGGGCUGGACCAAGAAGGCCGGGGACGGUGCAGGAAAUGUCGCUUUUGUAGCCUUUGCGAACGCUGGACACAUGGUACCGCACGACGACCCCGUUGCUGCGUUGACUAUGUUUGAGCGGUGGUUGGCUAACAAGCCGCUUGCUUGA